UUAUAACAUAAACCCCGCAGCCGGCGUUUGGAGCCUUGGACUUAAAGAACAUUCUGCGAAAUUUUCCGAAGUUUGUCGAAAUCAGGUAAGCGAGUUGAAAAGUUUUUUUAGAGAGUGCAAUGGAGAAAGGCGCUAAUUUUUUGUUCGCUGGCGUCAAUUUUAAUAAAAAGAAAUUUUCAAGUGAUUUUUCCAGGUUUCAGGAGAAGAAAGAGAGUGAUAAUUCAGUGGAGGAUUUUAGUUUGUUUGAGAGUGAAAAAACUGAACCAGAGGAAGUUAAGGUGUCUGUCAAUGGAAGAAAGCGCAAGGCAAUUGUCUCUGAAUCGGUGGAGGGUUUCAAUGUCUUUAAAAGUUCAAAGCAAUCAGCACCUCUGGUGAAUGAAGAGAAUGUCAAAGAGGAAGAUGGGCAGACGAAAGCAAAAAAAGAACUUUAUAGGCAAAUGGAGUGGGAUGCUCUCUUUAGGAAGAAGUAUAACAUUCAUGUUUCUGGGGCCAAUGUCCCUUCCCCACUUAAGACUUUUGCAGACCUAAGCUCAAGAUAUGGAUGUAAGUCAUAUUUGUUACGUAGUUUGGCUGAACUUGGAUAUAAAGAGCCAACACCGAUACAAAGGCAGGCUAUUCCAGUCCUUUUAUCUGAUCGGGAAUGCUUUGCAUGUGCACCAACUGGAUCUGGAAAAACCUUGGCCUUUUUGUGUCCCAUGUUUAUGAAACUUAAGCAAACAUCAAAAGCUGGCAUUCGAGCUGUUAUCCUGUGUCCUACCCGGGAGUUAGCUGCUCAGACAACCAGAGAAUGCAAAAAACUGGCCAAAGGAAAAAAAUUUCGUAUUAAAUUAAUGAAGAAAGAACUUGUAAGAAGAGUUGAUUUGUCAAAAUUUUCUUGUGACAUUCUUAUAUCAACACCACUGCGAUUACAGCUGGCGAUCCGGAAAAGGAAGAUUGAUUUAAGCAGGGUAGAGUAUCUGGUCUUGGAUGAAGCUGAUAAGCUGUUUGAGGUUGGCGACUUGUUAAAGCAGAUUGAUCCUGUGGUCAAGGCAUGCUCUAAUCCUUCAAUAAUACGUUCAUUGUUCAGUGCUACUUUACCUGAUUUUGUUGAGGAGCUUGCACGAUCAAUAAUGCAUGAUGCUGUUCGAGUAAUAGUUGGCAGGAAGAAUACAGCUUCUGAAUCAAUCAAGCAAAAAUUGGUUUAUGCUGGCAGUGAAGAGGGGAAGCUUCUUGCACUUAGACAAAGCUUUGCAGAGAGCUUAAAUCCACCGGUACUAAUAUUUGUCCAAAGCAAAGAACGAGCCAAGGAACUCUACGGAGAGCUGGCAUUUGACAACAUUAGAGCUGGUGUAAUACACUCUGAUCUGUCCCAAACACAGCGAGAUGAUGCUGUUGAUGACUUCAGAGCUGGUAAAACAUGGGUUUUGAUUGCCACUGAUGUCAUUGCCCGGGGCAUGGAUUUCAAAGGUGUCAGUUGUGUGAUUAAUUAUGAUUUUCCAGAUUCCGCUUCUGCAUAUAUCCACAGGAUAGGACGGUCUGGCAGAGCAGGAAGGAGCGGAGAAGCUAUCACUUUCUACACAGAAGAUGAUAUUCCAUUUCUGCGCAAUAUAGCAAAUGUCAUGAAAGCUUCAGGUUGUGAGGUUCCAUCAUGGAUCAUGGCAUUACCCAAACUGAAGGGUAAGAAGCAUCGACCACGAAGAGACUCAAUUUCAACCGCACCAAAAGAUGAGAUGGUGUUACCCAAACUGAAGGGUAAGAAGCGUCGACCACGAAGAGACUCAAUUUCAACCGCACCAAAAGAUGAGAUGGUGUUACCCAAACUGAAGGGUAAGAAGCGUCGGCCACGAAGAGACUCAAUUUCAACCAGACCAAAAGAUGCGGAAGAGUAAAACACAGUGAAUGAAAAUUUUGGGCACCAAUUGUUGUUUUGAUCAUUUUUAAGGAAGUUCUGUUUGUUGUAGAAGCUAUUGUUUAAAAUGAAUUUAAAGUCGGUACAGCAGCAGUUGCUUAGUUUUGUACGAUUUCUCCGUUUCCAAAGAGUGCAGGAAGGCCGCAAUAAGUAAGACUAGUAGAGAAUGACUGAAUGAGUAACCCUGAAGCUGGCCUAACAAAACCGACCUGACCUGCCUCAGGUACGACCGCAGCCUGGUCCUGAGAAUUAUCACAUAACAAAGCUUAUUUUGGG